AUGCAUCGCUACACGUGGUGGUUCGAGUUCGUGUGUUUGAUGUCGUCGGCUACUGCUAUCGCCAUCACCACGGGAUUACUGAUUCACUUUGAUGGCAGAGAGAUCCCGGCCUGGGCAACGGCUGGUUCCGGUCUUUCCCUCAAUUCAAUCUUGUCCGUCUUCUCGACCAUGUCGAGGGCUAGCCUUCUGGUUCCUAUCGAUCAGUCCAUCGGCCAGUUGUAUUGGCUCGCAGUAUCGAAGCAGGGCAGGCAGCUGUCGGAAGUCGAAUUGUAUAACGAGGCUGCCAGAGGACCAUAUGGCGCGAUGAGGUUACUCUGGAUGAAGAGGGGAACAGGCCUUGUAUCGAUGGGAUGUGUCUUGACUAUUAUGGUCGUAAUACUAGGUUUUGCGCAACAACAACUGAUCUCGUACCCAACCCGAACCUUUACCACCAGAGAUCCCCGCAACCUCACCUUGGUUGGUCGUUCUUUAGAAACAUACGACACCUUCCAGGAAAUCACCACCAUGCAGGGCGUCUCGGUACCAUCGGUCGAGUUUGCCGUGACUUCCUCCGUCUUUUCUUCCCUAGUUCACUAUGUAGUUCACGACCCGCUUUACCGCUGCGACUCCGGCAACUGCGAAUAUCCCGCCUUUGCGACGCUGGGCAUAUGCUCCCACUGCGACUAUGCCCAAAACGAGAUCGUCUCCGCCUGCGAUGGCGAUCGGGACCACUGCUGGGCCACCUAUCGCGACCUGGUCGGACACGCAUGGAAACACACGGACGAGAACGCGUACUCGACCAUCAUCAACCAGACCACCAACACCGAUUCCGCACCCAUCGUGGAGACCUUCACCCUCAACGUCAGCAUAGCCACAUGGCCGCCGACAUACAACGCCUGGGCCUGCGAGAUCUACUGGUGCAUUCGAUCCGUCAACGCUACUGUCAUUGAUUCCACCUACCGGGAGCGUGAACUGGGAGAAUACAACAGAUCCACGGUCCAGCCCGACGGCAGUGCCCUGUUCCAGUACACCGAUCUCGAAAACCAGGCCAAGAACUUCACCGUCACACGGAACGCCCAGCUAGCCUUCAAGAACCUCGGCUUGACGCUGCGGGGGUGGUCCCAAAAGUCGCGGAGGGGCCAAUGGGUGCACUCGUCGCCGCUGUUUGGCGGAAUAGCCGCCUUCGCCACAGCGGACAUGACCGUGGGCGGCGAACACAUGCACCGUCACAAAAAGAAUCCGAUCGCUGUCAUGGCCGACGGCAUGUCCAAUGCGAUCCGCACAUCCCUUUCGGCUAGGGGCAAGAAGGUCGAGCGUCGCACUAUAAUCGUCGUGCGUUGGUGGUGGAUGGUGUAUCCUGCGGCGAUUUGGAUUUUCAGCGCCGUCUUCGCGUGGGGCGUCGUUUGUACUACGAAGUUGCACGAUGAGUUUGUCGGUGCUUGGGGGUGCUCGAGCAUCGCGUUGCUGCUGUGGGGCGUCGAUGACGAUGUCAAGGAGCGUGUGGGUGAUUGGAGCGCUGAGGGGAUGGCCAAGAAGGCGGAUAAUAUUAUUGUCAAGCUGAUGAGGGAUGGGGAUGGAUGGAAGUUGAAGGAGGUGAAAGGGAGUGAAGGCUUCGGUCCAUGA